CAGUGGUGCAGUGUCUACGGGACUGUAUGUCAUGAGGAAGAGCGUUCGAGGAUGGAUGUGAGAUUUUGUGGAGUCGAGUUGGAAGAGCCAAACGCUCCAUCAGGCAAGUCUCGAUGACUAGAAAUGCGAUCUUGAGAGCCCACUUGCCUACCAUAUGGUCGAUCGAAGUACUGUUGAGGUUGUCUUGAUGCUCCGUUUGCAAAGUAAGUGUGAGAGACAAGGCCACGGAAAGGCGAGCAGUAGGUGGUUGUCUGAUUCUGCCAGUGGCCAACGGCAGGGUCGGAGGUGUUCGGUUGAGGUGUAGAUGCAUCCUUCCAAAGCAAUCAGCUCAGUCAAAGUGCGCCCUCUUCCUGACUCUCUUGUGUGCCUGCGCCUGCGCCUGCGGUCUGUUACGUGCUGCUGCGGCGGUGAUCCUCUCUGACCAAACUGCCUUCGCUUGCCUUGUUGCGGGUAUGUGCUUGCCUUCUUUGUCUUCCUGGCAGCAAACUGUCCAGGCACCAAACUUUAACUUGGAGCGGACUCCCUGUGCCUGUAGCCGUCCAUGCUCACCUUUCCUUCAUAUCACACUGUUCUGUCUCCUUCAUCUAAUCUCAAAACCAUACGAAGGCUGCUUUACAGAACGACUCAAAGCUUCAACCUCCCUAUUCUCCCAUUCUAUUGUAAGACUGCAAUCGAGUCAUGCCUGAACAAGCCUCCACCAUGCCCGAUGACCACUCUACCAAGGCUGUUGCCACCUCUGAGCAGACUGACUCUGGGAACACACUGAAGACCAUAUCAAACGCCGAAGACACUCGCCUUUCUCGCGACAACAAGCAGGCUGAUUCCCCUGCCCCAGUUGAGACAGCAGCCCCGGAAAAUGGAACAAGCACGCCUCCUGCCAUGAAUGCCACGACCCCGGCCGAGGGCCCAGUCUACAGCAUUCCCAAAUUCGAUGCCUCUACUGAGAAGGAGAUUCGUGCCAUGAUGACCAGGAUCCGCUCAAUCCACAACGGGAAGACUGGGCUCACUCAUGAAGAGGUCAUGGACUUGGCAGCUUUCACCGGAAGUCUGAUUCAAAUCAUGAAUGCCGAAUACAUUGCCAAAGACACCAUCGUGCGUGCUGUUGCCUACAUGAGAGGAGAGAGUGAGCUUUCGCCACGCCGUGCUCUCAAUCAGGCUAAGAGAGAUCGUCGAGCUGCACGUAGCUCCCGCAAUGGUACCAAUGGCGGGCAAACCCCUGAACGAAAGGCCACGCGAGGCAGCGAGGAGAUAUCGCGAGCAAACCGAGAGGAACCUAACGGCAACGUCAAGGAGAAAGGCGCAGGGAAGGAUACUUCAGGCCACUCUUCCACCAGUCCAAUCACGAUUGCAGUAACCUCGGAUACAAGUCAUGAGGAUGAGGGAAAGGGGAUCAGCAAUGGCACCACAUCUGAGAAAGAGAAUACUCCUCCUGAUGGGGUCACCCGAUCCACACGCGAACGUCGAUCCAAGGGCAAGAAGAGACCAUACUGGAAAGGUCGUCGACAAGCUUCGAAAGCAAAUGCAGCCGCCCAUGUCCAGCACGACAACGGGCUCGUCGAUGCUGUAAACAAUGGCGCUAUGGUCACUAUCAAGAAUGGUGAUGUAGUUGCAGUAAAGGACGAUGCAGGGGCUCCAGGCAAAGGCACCAAACAGGUCAAUGGCAAUAAUGCUCAUGCAGCCAAGCUUGCCGAGACAAAGGACAAUAAGGCCCACGAGGCCAAGCUUCCUGACACCAACGGCAAGGCUGUCCAACAGGCACGGGUCCCCAAGAUAGAUGUUGCAGCUGAUGAGGGGAAUGGAGACGGUGCUGUUCAAGCAGAACACUAGCGCUUGUGGUGGCCAACCUGGCUAUCUGCAAAGGCAGUCGAAGAGAGAUUCGGACGAGAUUGAAUGUCAGUGGUGAUGGAGAAGGUGAACAUGGUAUUGACAAUAACGGUUAUGGAGUUCUAGGCGCAAGAGGGGACAUGAAACGAGCUGUGAGACGUGCGUGCUUGAGAAAAUGGUCCUGUGAUAAAAGUUGUUGAAAGACUUGUUCAGAUCCGCAUUUCAAUUGCAUUUUUUUUCAGCUCCAACA